GGUGCUGAUGCUGCUGAACCGUGUGUGGAGACAGAAGCACAUCGAGCAAGGAGCCCGAACAACGAGCAUCGGAGGGGGGAUCAACACUGUUGGAUUCAGAUUCCCUGCUGUUGAAACUGAAACACGAGUGGCAGAAUGACUCUUGCAGCGUACAAAGAGAAGAUGAAAGAGCUCCCUCUAGUGUCCUUCUUCUGUUCCUGCUUGCGGCACGAGCCUCAGGAAAAACCCACAUACAAAGCAGAAGAUGCAGUUGACCUGAACUGGUGCCGUAUGAAGGACAUGGAGGUGAUCGAGCUGAACAAGCGGGCGUCGGGCCAGGCGUUCGAGGUGAUUCUGAGGCCGCCCUCCUUCGACAGCAUGCCCGAGCUGAGCACCGCCAUGCCCCGCCGACGUGACCCGUCUCUGGAGGACAUCCAGAAGAAGCUGGAGGCGGCGGAGGAACGGAGGAAGUGUCAGGAGGCUGAACUGCUGAAGCACCUGGCGGAGAAGAGGGAGCACGAGCGCGAGGUCAUCCAAAAGGCCAUCGAGGAGAACAACAACUUCAUCAAAGCGGCGAAGGAGAGGCUACAGCAGAAACUACAGGCCAACAAGGAGAACCGGGAGGCGCACAUCGCCGCCAUGUUGGGCCGCCUGCAAGAGAAGGACAAGCACACACACGAGGUCUCCUGAGGUCUAUUCAGAGGACAUGCUGAAAGGACAAGACUCAACAAAUGACUGACUGUAGAGCUCAGAUCCUUUGUGGGGACAAAACGAGAAGACAAAGACAAUAAUUUCUGUUGUUGGAGAGAAGACAUGCUGGGAUCUGCGGUGGCUGGACAUCCUAGGAGUGCCACUAACUGUAUCGUCCAACAGGACAUCAGCGAUGGGGACAAAGACACACUACUAAUUGCAAAAGAUGCUGUCUGUGUGUAAUGCUCAAGUGCCAAUAGUGCCCAUAGUGUGACUGUCUUCAGCUGAAGAAGGAAAAUCCAACUUUCAGUGCAAUUGCACGUGUGUUAUAUCGAGUGGGUUUCACAUAAGCGUGUUUGAGCUCAGAAAAAAAACGAGAAAAAAAAAAAACGCAGUCAUUGCUUCAUUUUGAUAUCUUCUUCUGGCUUUUUUUAUUUUUAUUAAAUAAAUUAAAGUGUGAACGAAUCAAAGCCAUUGUAAAUAGUCUUCUGAGAUCAGCAAUGUGUGUAAUCUAGUGUGCCUGUACAGAAAUUGUAAUAUAUAUUUUAGAUGCCGAUCAAAUAAAAAAGUGCUGUAUCACACUGCCA